CCUGCAUGCGUUGAGAAGCUGCGAAGCUCGAGUGGCCCAAGCUUCACAGCCUUAGAGCCCCCGGUUUCACUUAGCACUGUGACCACUCGCAUUAUAAAAUAGGAUACAGACGUCCCUUCAUUCGACAUCGUUUGCAAUCCCCCCAUCUUGACAAAGGAAGCCUGUGUCAACAUGCGACCAGAUUUCCGAAACACCGUAGAGCGGCUGGACAGGCCCAGUGCCUACUACCAAAGCAGGAACAAGAAUCGGAGACGCAAUGAUCGUGGAAGAGACGACCGUGACGGGGACGCUGAGAUGAAGGAAGAUAAGCCCGAAGAGCAGGCUCCUGAGGAUCCCCUGGCACAUGCAGCCACUCUCUACGUCGGCAAUCUCUCUUUCUACACAACCGAAGAGCAAGUCUACGAACUCUUCUCCAAGUGUGGCGAGAUCAAACGUCUGAUCAUGGGCCUGGACCGUUUCAACAAGACGCCUUGCGGGUUUUGCUUUGUUGAGUACUACACACACCAGGAUGCCCUCGACUGUAUGAAGUACAUCGGAGGAACAAAGCUGGACGAGCGUGUCAUCCGAACUGAUCUGGACCCGGGUUUCGAGGAGGGUCGGCAGUACGGGCGUGGCAAGUCUGGUGGACAAGUGCGCGAUGAGUACCGAGAUGACUUCGAUGAAGGCCGUGGUGGACUGGGGAGAGCAAUUCAGUCAGAGCGUAUGCGCGAGGUUGAUAGACAUCGUGACCGCGACCAACAGAUGGAAGAUGACUACGGACGGCUGAGAUAGGCAGCGAUUGGGGGGGACUGUAUGAUAGGAGAUACCCUAGGAUGGCAUGAACCGCCACCUUUUGACGGUGACAUUAUAUACGUGGGCAGCAUCUGGGUAGACCGGCGUG